AUGCCUCCAAAAAAGAAGGCGACAGAUGCACAGGUGGUAGAUGACAAGAGGCAGCAAUUGGACUGCUUGAGGCGGCAGUGCCAAGCGGUGGAGCAGUUGAUUAUGCUGAGCAACGAGGAGAAGCGCCAAUUGGAACACGAGAAAACUGUUCUAAAGAAGAAACUGGCGGAGUUGCAGGAGCAGUGCGAGACCACAGAAAAAAAAAUGGAGGAUCAGCUUCGCACCAUGCAACAUUUGACUGUAACGUGCGACGAGCAGCUCUGGCACCGGCUCAAGAGCCUUGAGAGUAAAGUGGCGGAUGCGGAGGAAGGCAACGCAGCACUGCGCCUGAAGAUUGAGGAAACAACACGAAACAGGUUGGAGGAGUUGCAACGACUGAAGGACGGUGUUGCGGAACUCCGACAACAACUGGAGUCCAAGGCACUGGCGUGCGGGGUGCAGCUGCGUGAUUUCCUGCUCACGCAGUCCUAG